UUGAUGCUCCAACUUCUCAUUUUGUGUCUCUGUGCUCUCCAGCCAGUCGUCCUGGUCCUGCUUGGAGAGAGACGACGGCAUCAGCAGCAACAGCACGGCAUUCCGGGGAAACACCAUGCAUCUUAGGCUGAAAAGACGACUGGAGCCAAACAUCAUUUCGCUUUCUUAUAUUUGAUUUCCGUAUAUUUUUUCUUUCGUUUCGUCCUUUUUGUUUCUCCUUUUUUAGCCAAUUUCUGACGCGCAAGGACACUACAGCAUCCAUCCACGGCAGACACGCUCACAUAGAGCCUCCUCUGUGCAGACGCACCACCAUCCUCCUCUUUCCUUCCUUCCUUCCUUCCUUCCUCCCAUUCUCCUCCUCUCCUCUCUCCUGUUCUGUUCUAACCCAGAGGACAUCGGGACCUCUUCUCCCCCCGUCUGCCCGGAGACAUGGAUCUAUGGUUUCAUUCGAUCCGGAUUUGCUGGUGGAGGGUUUUGUUUCUGAUGAGUGUUUUCCAGGACUAUCUGAGCUCCAUGCUGGACUGCCCGCCGACCUGCAGCUGCUCUCAAACAGAGAUCUAUUGCAAUAAGUCCGACAACGGCAGGUUUUUCCCUUUACUCGCCCUGCAAGAUACUGGGAGCAAUGGGACCAGUGUUGACAUAGCAGAGUUAUUCAAAAACAUCACCUCUAUACACAUAGAGAACUGGACGGGAUUGCAGACUCUGAGAGACGUCGAUAUGGAGCUCUACACUGGACUACAGAGGCUAACUAUCAUGAAUUGCAACCUGAGGGUGAUCCAGGCUCGAGCGUUCGCUCAGAAUCCACACAUACGCUACAUAAACUUGUCAAAGAAUCCUCUCAGCACUCUGUCAUGGCAGCUCUUCCAGCACCUCCAAAUCUCCGAGCUGCGCCUGGAAGGCGUGGUGUUUGACUGCGGCUGUGAUAUCCGCUGGAUCCAGCUGUGGCAGCAGAGAGGAGAGGCCGGGCUCCACACACAGCAGCUGUACUGCAAGAACGGAGCCUCCAAGAUACGACUGCACAACAUGUACAUCCACAACUGUGACUUACCAGAGAUCAGCGUGAGCCACAGCAGUGUGUUGGUAAUGGAGGGCGACAAUGUGACCGUGAGCUGUAAUGGAUCUGGAUCACCGCUGCCUGAAGUGGACUGGACUGUUAGCGGCCUGCACUCCAUCAAUACACACCUGUCCAAUGUAUACUGGCCGAACAUCCACUCUAUCAACCUGACUCUUUUCAACAUCAGCCGAGAUGACAACAACUUCCAGCUGACCUGCAUUGCAGAGAACGUGGUGGGGAUGACAAACUCCUCCAUCCAGCUCAACGUACAAUUUCCUCCAGUCAUCCUGAGACUGGCUGAGCCCGAGCAGCGCCAUGAUACCUGCAUUGAGUUCACGGUUCGGGGUUACCCCCAUCCCAAGCUGCGCUGGUUCUACAAGCAAAAGGAGAUUCUCCAGAACGAUUACAUCCGAACUGACAUGGACUUCUACCAGGACUAUCUGGAGGGCUGUCUGACCUUCCAGAACCCAACACACAUCAACAAUGGCAACUACACUCUUGAGGCCAGCAACCCUUUGGGAACAGUCACCAAGACAGUGUAUGGUCACUUCCUCAUGGCCCCCGACAUGGAUGAAAAGGUUCCUUCGACGCCGUCAGAUGGUGAUUCAGGCCGACCAGAUGAAGAUACAUUUGGGGUUUCCAUCGCAGUGGGUUUGGCAGGCUUCGCUUGCGUCCUCCUCCUCGUCCUUUUUGUUCUCAUCAACAAAUACGGCCGGCGCUCCAAAUUCGGUAUGAAAGGUCCUGUAGCUGUGAUCAGUGGUGAGGAAGACUCUGCCAGCCCUCUUCAUCAUGUCAACCAUGGGAUUAUUACCCCCUGUACUCUGGAUGCAGGCCCUGAUGCGGUUGUCAUAGGGAUGACUCGUAUUCCUGUGGUGGAGAAUCCUCAGUACUUUAGGCAUGGACACAACUGCAACAAGCCAACCACCCUUGUCCAGCAUAUAAAGCGGAGAGACAUCAUCCUGAAGAGAGAGUUGGGUGAAGGAGCGUUCGGAAAAGUCUUCUUGGCAGAGUGCUACAACCUCAGUCCCACCAAGGACAAGAUGCUGGUAGCUGUCAAGACACUGAAAGAUCCCAACCUGUCGGCAAGAAAGGACUUCCAGAGGGAGGCAGAGCUGCUGACCAAUCUGCAGCACGACCAUAUCGUUAAAUUCUACGGAGUGUGUGUAGACGGAGACCCUCUCAUCAUGGUGUUCGAAUACAUGAAGCAUGGAGACCUCAACAAAUUCCUCAGAGCCCACGGCCCAGAUGCCAUGAUCCUAGUAGAUGGCCAGCCGCUGCAGUCUAACGGAGAGCUGGGCCUUUCCCAGAUGCUGCACAUCGCCACGCAGAUUGCCUCGGGCAUGGUCUACCUGGGCUCCCAGCACUUCGUCCACAGAGAUCUUGCAACCCGUAAUUGUCUGGUGGGCAAUGGCCUGUUGGUUAAGAUUGGAGACUUUGGCAUGUCCAGGGACAUCUACAGCAGUGACUACUACAGGUUAACAGCUGUCCCACACCAGCCCUCAUGCACUCCUGUGAGGACGAAGAGGUUCAGCAGUGUGCGUGGCAGCUGGGCCAGUUCGGACCGUGCUGGGGGCAACGCCAGCAGUUAUGAAGUACUUGCCUGCUGGGUUGGAGGACAUACCAUGCUACCUAUUCGCUGGAUGCCCCCAGAGAGCAUCAUGUACAGGAAAUUCUCCACGGAAAGCGACGUCUGGAGCUUUGGAGUCAUCUUGUGGGAGAUCUUUACCUAUGGGAAGCAGCCUUGGUUUCAGCUGGGCAACAACGAGGUUAUUGAGUGCAUAACCCAGGGUCGGGUUCUGGAGAGGCCACGGAUCUGUCCUAAGGAGGUAUAUGACAUCAUGUUGGGCUGCUGGCAGAGGGAACCGCAGCAGCGACUGAACAUUAAGGACAUUCAGAAGGUCUUGUUCGCCAUGGGGAAAGCCACGCCGGUCUACCUGGACAUCCUGGGCUAGCAGUGGCCCGGGGUGGCCCGUUCUUCACCAGACAGACAGAACGACAGAGACAUACAGACAGACCAACCCACACCAAUCCAGGAAUAACCAAACCAACCUACUCCACUGUCGAAAACCACCUACAAUGUUUGGGAAGGACUUAAGUGCCUGCAACACUUUUGGAUAUAGUGGAUAAAACGUAUUCAAAAAACACACACUUUUACAUUUUGUUUACUUGCGUAUAAGAUGUACAGGUUUGAAGAAGACUCUUUUUUUUUUUUCUCGAAAAACUGCAAAAAUACACAGAAAUGGAUACAAAGUAAAGUGGACUGGCAAAAGGAAAAUG